UUCUCUCGUAACCCUAAAUCCUAAACCAGUCAGUCCGCCUCUCUGCCUCUCUGGCUCGCUCCCUCGCUCGGCGAUGGAGCGACCACAACUGCCGAUUUCCACUCGGUCGUUGCAGACGGUUAAGAAGACUCGUCGACGCCAAUCCCAAUUCAUUUUCUCUCCCUCUCCUCCUCCGGCGGCUUCACGCCAGCCGCCCGCUGCUGCCUCCUCCUUCACCUCCUCCUCCUCCUCCUCCUCCUCCUCCUCCACCUUUGCAUCCCGCGCCUCCGCUGCCACCGUCACCUCCUUCCACAGAUCUGCCUCCCUGACGCGCGUCAACCUGCACUACCCUGCGCAGUACUCUCCUUCCAUCCACUUCUCCCUCGACCACCCAACUUCGCUGUGCCAGUUCGCAGCGCUCACUCAGCGAUGGAGCCGCUGAACGAACAGAGCAUCGGGUGCGAGGACAACGACUCCUGGACGAAGUCACUGGUCUGCGAUUCCUGCGGUAAGCGGGAUGGCCCGAGCAAGCCCUGGGUUUGUCGUGAUUGCUUGGAGGAGAUCAAUCCAAAGAUAGAAGAGCUGCAGGUCAAGAAGGAAUUCUUGAUUUUGCCCAAUGAACCCGAUGAACUGUUCGCUGAUUUCAAGUUGAUCGUCAAGGACGAGGACGGUUCCGAGGGGCCUCCGAUCGCAUGUCACAAGAAAAUCCCGGUUGACCGCUCGCCAGUUUUCGAUGCCAUGUUGAGGUAUUCAUCAGAGAGCAAGACUGGCACAGUUAUUAUAGAGGAAGUCUCGUAUGAGGCUGUCAAACUCUUUGUUCAAUACCUUUACAAAGGUAAAGAAUCCCUUGCUGAUCAACUUGAUCAUGAACUAGCUAGGAAGCUAUUUUUGUUAGCCGAUAGGUACCAAGUGAUGCAUCUGAAGGAUUAUUUUGAGGAAUUCAUAGUGUCUAAUCUGACAUGGCACAACUCAGCAUUACAGAUGCAUAUUGCUGCCUACAAGGUUUUAUUUAGGGGCUUUGCAUAAUUCAAAAUAUAGGCCAACAAAACCCAUGAAAAAGAUAUAUUAGCAUCACCACCUCCAAUUGCAUUUCAGAUGUCAUUUCAACUUUCCAUUGGCAAAAUUUACUGUAAGUUACAAGAUCAGGUUAACGAUUUCCAUUUCCA